AACAUUAUACACUAUGAUAAGAGUGUAUAUAGUUGUAUACAAAGUUCUGGAGUAGGAGUGUAGGACACCUCUCUUUUGAACAUACAAACAAAGCCUCUUUCUCCAAAAAUGUUAAUGGAAGAACACAAGCUACCACUCCUCUUCCAAAUCACUUUCUCCUUUUUCCUUCUCACCCAAUCACUCCUCGCCACGUCACACCCACCAUACCCCAUCCCAUUAACCGUCUCCGUCUCCGACUUCGGAGCCGCCGGCGACGGCGUCCGCUACGACACAACAUCAAUCCAGUCCGCCAUCAACUCCUGCCCGGGCAGCUCCCCCUGCCGCGUCAUCUUCCCGGCGCCGGGAAAGUACCUGACGGCGACCGUGUUUCUGAAAUCCGGCGUGGUCCUGUUUGUGGAGCCCGGAGCAACCAUCCUGGGCGGUCCGAGGCUGGAGGACUACCCGAGGGAGCCGUCGCGGUGGUACGUGGUGCUGGCGGAGAACGCGACGGAUGUGGGGAUUGAUGGCGGCGGGGUGGUGGAUGGGCAGGCGGAGAAGUUCGUGGUGAGGGAGGAUCCGAGGAAGAACAUCAUGGUGAGCUGGAAUCAAACUGGAGUUUGUUCGGGUGACGAAUGCAGACCAAGGCUCGUCGGUUUCCUCGGUUGCAGAAACGUUAGAGUCUCCAACAUUACCCUUAACCAACCUGCUUAUUGGUGCUUACACUUGGUACGGAGUGAGAACAUAUCCAUUGAGGACAUUGCAAUUUAUGGGGACUUCAACAUACCAAACAAUGAUGGGAUUGACAUUGAGGACUCAAACAACACGGUAAUCACUCGAUGCCACAUUGAUACAGGGGAUGAUGCAAUCUGUCCAAAGUCAUAUACAGGCCCUGUUUACAACCUCACUGUCACCAACUGUUGGAUUCGGUCCAAAUCUUCUGCAAUUAAAUUUGGCAGUGCUAGUUGGUUUGAUUUCAAGCAUUUCGUGUUUGAUAAUAUCACUAUUGUUGAUUCUCACAGAGGUCUUGCAUUCCAGAUCCGUGAUGGAGGAAAUGUAAGUGGCAUAGUCUUCUCCAACAUAAAUAUCAGCACUAGAUACUAUGAUCCAUUAUGGUGGGGGAGAGCGGAGCCUAUCUACGUGACUACUUGCCCGCGACACUCAACCUCAAAGGAGGCUUCAAUCUCAGAUGUUCUUUUCAUUAACAUCACAGCAAAUUCUGAAAAUGGCAUCUUCCUGGCUGGUUCCAAGAGAGGACUGUUAAGGAACUUGAGAUUCGUCAACAUGAACAUCACUUACAGAAGGUUCACCAGUUAUGCUGGUGGCUUAUUGGACUAUAGGCCAGGAUGCCAAGAAUUGGUUAAACACAGGACUGCAGGCAUGAUGAUGGAACACAUUGAAGGUCUUGAAGUUAAAAAUGUAGAAAUGAGAUGGUCAAAUUCAAACAAUCAACUAGACCAGUGGAAUAAUCCUCUGGAGUUCAAGCCAUCUACUGUGAAUGACAUCUCUUUCUUUAAUUUUAAUUCUGUUUCAUCUACAAAAUAGCAAAUCAAGUUAGUGCGUGUUUGAAUAUUCUUCUACAAUUGGUUCUGAAGCCAUAACGAAUUCUGAAGAGAAGCUUCUGUGAGUAGUUUAUGGGUUUCAAAAUAAAUUCUGAGAAAAAAGAAGUUGAUCCAAACAUGCUAUUAAUAACUUUGGAUUUGCAGACAACAAAUAUCCAAAGCACAUGGUUUGCUUAACCAUUAAGGGAAUGAAGAAAAAGUUCAAAAGACAGGAGAAGCAUUUGCUUUGUACAUCAAGAAAAAUAAAAAGAUUGGGGAUCUCAUACCACUUCACUAUACUGUGAUUGCAUUUUAUUAUUCAGAAGUUUGUGAUUGUAAGGACUGCAAAUUGUUUAUAUCAAAUUGUCAACAUUUUCUGUCUUUCCAUGAAAGAGGCCAACAUUCCAGACAUAUUUCUUAAAUGUUAAUAAACUUCAGUUGAUAAUUUUAUAUUGAUGCCUCA